AUGCCAAACAACGACAACACUGGAGCCACCGGGGCCACCAAAUUCGUCACCUCCACGCUCGGCAACACCGUCGGCGGCCUCUCGCGCACCGCCGGAAAUGUAACCGGCGCAGCUUCGCGCGGCGUCGGCGACACCAUCAACAGCGCAACGGGCAGCGCCGGCCGACCCGUGGGCGAUGCGCUAGUUUUCAAUACAACGCUGCAUGACUGUCCGGAUUAG